AUGAAGACCCAAAGGGAUGGCCACUCCCUGGGGCGGUGGUCACUGGUGCUCCUGCUGCUGGGCCUGGUGAUGCCUCUGGCCAUCGUUGCCCAGGUCCUCAGCUACAAGGAAGCUGUGCUUCGUGCUAUAGAUGGCAUCAACCAGCGGUCCUCGGAUGCUAACCUCUACCGCCUCCUGGACCUGGACCCCAGGCCCACGAUGGAUGGGGACCCAGACACGCCAAAGCCUGUGAGCUUCACAGUGAAGGAGACAGUGUGCCCCAGGACGACACAGCAGUCACCGGAGGAUUGUGACUUCAAGAAGGACGGGCUGGUGAAGCGGUGUAUGGGGACAGUGACCCUCAAUCAGGCCAGGGGCUCCUUUGACAUCAGUUGUGAUAAGGAUAACAAGAGAUUUGCCCUGCUGGGUGAUUUCUUCCGGAAAUCUAAAGAGAAGAUUGGCAAAGAGUUUAAAAGAAUUGUCCAGAGAAUCAAGGAUUUUUUGCGGAAUCUUGUACCCAGGACAGAGUCCUAG